UAUUCCAUUAGGAAAACAUACGAAAUAAUAAAAAAUUAAAACUUAACCACCAAUUUGAAAAAAAUAAAAUGAAAUUGUUCGUUUGUGUUUUUGCUUUAGUGGCUGCCUUGGCACCAGCUCAGGCUACCUUUGAUAAACUUGGAUUUUUAAUUGGAGGCACUACUAGUGGAGCAGCAGGCUAUGGCAGAAGUUUAAAUUCGGGCUAUGGUGGGGGCUAUGGAAGUAGCUAUGGUGGUGGUUAUGGUGCCGGUUACGGUGGCGGCUAUGGUGGUGGCUAUACCAACUAUGGUGCUGGCAGUUACGGUGGUGGUUAUGGCGCUGGCAAUAAUGUUAAAGUUAUUAAAGUGACUGUUGUGCCCGGCAGUGGUGGCUACUCUGGCGGUUACGGUGGCGGCUAUGGUGGUGGCUAUUCUGGUGGUUAUGCUAGCGGUUAUGGUGGAGGUUAUGGUGGUAGUGCUAUUGCUUAUCAACCUUCUGUAUCCACUUCAGCUGUAGUUACUCCGGUAGUAACUGCUGUUUCCACUCCACUUAUUACUUCUACUACUCCUUUGGUUACUCCUGCUUACACUGGUUCCUAUGGAGGUAGUUAUGGCUCUGCCCUUGGUGGCGGUUAUGGUGGCGGCUAUGGAGCUGGUUAUGGUAGCGGUUAUGGUGGCGCCUAUGGUGGUAGUUAUGGUGCCAGCGGUUAUGGUGGUGGUUUUGGUGCCAGUAUUCCUGUUUCAUAUGGUGCCGGUGCUGGUUACGGUUAUGGCGGUGGUUUCGGUUUGGGCUUUGGUCAUCCUGCCGGUCUUUCUGACUUGUGUUAAAUUUAUACGGGAACGAUUCGUAUGUAUGAAUCGUUUCAUUGUUAUUCAUUUUAAAUACUCUUGUUUUGUUUUUGUCAGUAUUUUACGAAUAAAGU